AUGCAACAAGUAUUUGAUGAAACGCUUCAAAGAGAUCCAGUGAUGUGGAAUUCUGUUCUCACUGCAUAUGCUCAACACAAUUUUUCUUAUCAAACACUUGCAUUUACUCGUGCUAUGGUGAGCAGUGGUUUAAGAAUUAAUGGGAAUGCUUUGAUAGAUAUGUAUUCAAAAUGUGGAUAUUUAUUGAAUGCUUAUCGGAUAUUUCAAAUGAUACCCAUAAGAAAUUUGAUUUCUUGGACUUCAAUGAUGAAUGGUUACUGCUAUAACAAUUGUCUGAAUGAGGCACUGCAUCUAUCUAAAAAUAUGGAAUGUGAAAAUAUUACUCCAGACGAGGUUACCAUGAUGUGUAUCAUCACAAAGUGUGCCAAAUCAGGAAGCUUUGAACUUGUAGGCUGGAUUGACCAUUAUGUUGAGAAAAAUGGGAUUGGAAAAGAGAGUACAACCAUGUCAAAUGCUCUUAUGGACAUGCAUGCCAAAUGUGGGAAUAUCAAGAAAGCUUGUCAAAUUUUCAAUGGGAUUGCACAGAAAACGUUAGUGUCAUGGACAACAAUAAUACAUGGGCCAGCGAUGAACGGGCAUGGGAAACAGGCUUUCCUAAGGUUCUGUCAGAUGCAAAGGGAAGGAUAUAAACCAGAUGAAAUAGUAUUCUUAAGCAUCUUAACGGCUUGCAGUGAUGCCGGCAUGCUAGAUGAGGGGCUAAAAUGUUUUUCUUCGAUGAUGACUGAUUAUGGCAUGAAACCAUCUAUAGAACAUUAUGGUUGUGUUGUCGAUGUGCUAUGCAGGGUGGAUUGA